UAUUUACCUCCUCUAUCUGAGAUCAUCCAUUACGUCUGUCGCCAAGGCAACUGAACACAGGUGGUCCCGCCUCCUUCUUCAAUCCAGCCAAUCGGGACAGGGCGUGGGCGUGGCUAACAGCCUCCCAGCACCCAGCUGCUUUAUCUGUCAAAUCCGGAGAAGUUCAUUCACGACUGAAGGGGGGAAAAAAGCACAGAACCAGAGGAAGGAUUUCACCUCGACACCCAUGCUGAAGAUAAAAUGAGCAGCUCGAGCGCACUUUCUUAUCAAAAGAAGAAGGUGAGAAGUAAAACUGCAGGAGUGAUGGAGGGUGGAUUGCGGAUGCUGCCGUGCUACGUGGCCAGCUCUCAGGUGCUGGGCGUGGCGUGUGUGGUGCUCACGGGUGUGUGGAUGGGCCACUACCACGGGGGCUACGCCUGGGACAGCUCGCAACAGCAGUUUAACGUGCACCCGCUCUGCAUGAUCAUAGGCCUCGUCUUCCUCUAUGGAGACGGCGUGCUGGUGUACCGUGUGUUCAGAAACGAGAGUAAGCGCUCGGUGAAGAUCCUCCACGCUCUGAUACACAUGAUGGCCCUCAUCAUUAGCAUUGUGGGUCUGGUGGCUGUGUUCGAUGUCCACAAUAAAGCCGGCUUCUCUAACAUGACCUCUCUGCAUAGCUGGUGUGGCAUGCUUACCUUCAUCCUCUUCCUCAUGCAGUGGCUGCUGGGAUUGGGCUUCUUCCUGUUUCCCUGGGCAUCAACAGUGCUACGGAGAUGGUAUCUGCCACUGCAUGUAUUCUUUGGCCUGGUGCUCCUUGCCAUGGCGGUGGGUUCCUCGCUCACUGGCAUUGCAGAGAAAGCGAUCUUCAGUGGCCUGCCGCCGUUUGCUCCUGAGGAGGUUCUGACCAACAUACUCAGCCUGCUGCUGGUGUGUUUCGCGGUAAUUGUGGGCUAUGUGGUGACCAGAGAAGAGUUCAGACGACCGCCGAACCCCGAGGAAGAGGCUCUGUCUGUUCACUUCAACACUCUGAGUGAAGACUCCAGGCCCAGCACGCCUUAACACAGCACCAAGACUUCAACACUCCUGCCCUGGUUUAGUCUCCAGUCUCCUUAUUCCUCUUUAAACACUCUUCACUUCCUGUGUGUGUGUUCAGUAAUAGAAAACAGGGUCAUCACUGCGCAUGUACAGAUGAAUGUAUCCAUGGCAAAAUAGAUUUUGGAUUCGAGUAUGUAAAAAGACUUCUCAUUCUCCAUGUUUUGUAUCAGAAUAACACGUUAGGAAAAAUAUUUGAUUUAUUUAAAACUGCAGGAUGUAUGAUUUUGUAUUUCCACCCGCUUUCUACUUUGCAAGUAACACCUUCAAUGAGAAUUCAGGGCUGCAUCCCAAACUGCAUUUUAUGGACUAAAUAUGAUGACCAAAAUAGCAGUGAGACCAUAGGUAUACUAACAUACUAUUUAGUAAGGUGGAAUGUGGUUUGGGACGCGUCCCAAGUAUUCAGGACGCUGAAGAUAAUAAUUAUUUGCUGUUAUCGUCGUCCCCUCAGGAUUACAGAAGUGUUAUGGGAAUUAAAGCUUUGUAGAUUUUAAUGAAAUGAUUGACUCGCCCGAUAGUUUUAAAUGCAUAAACUGCAGAGGAACACACAAAGUGCACAGCAAGCAUGCUACCUAAAACAGAGCUGCAAAUAAGAAGACAAGUUAGUAGAAAAAAUAUACACGAAACACGUGCAAAAGCUUUGAUUGCCCUACUCUCACCCAAGUGCAUCUAACCCAGAGUUUAAAAUGCAUGAAGUACAGAAAAACACACCAACAAGCACCAUAGACACUGGAUGGCCUAUGCUAGCUUAGUGUGCUAGCUAAAACAAUUUAGAUAAUAAAUAAACACGGACCUGUCAAAAUUACACACACCAAGAUGGAACAGAAGUAUUGACUGACUGACUCGUUAAUAUACACACUAACGAAAAGCAAAUGCUGAUCACCUCACUCUCACACAGAUUCAUCUAACCCAGAGUUUUAAACGCAUAACGUAGAGAAAAACACACCAGAAACACCUGCUAGCCAACAGUUUAGAGGAUAAAUAAACACCGAGCCAUCAAAAUUACACACACCAAGAGCGAACAGAAGAAUCAAUCAACUUGCUCUUGUCCAAUUUACCCCAGUUUAAAAUGCAGAAAUACUAUUACUCAUCAUCACACCCCAUUAGCCAUAAACUGACCCCCCUACAAUAGCUAAACAACUGGCUAAAGAUACAAAGUCCCCAAGGAGAAAAUAUCCAUCAUUCACCAGCUUCCCACCAGAUUAGAGAGUAUAGAGUAAACGUCUUACCUGUUCAGCAGGAAAAAUCUAAAACUCCAUCAGUAAUAUCUAACUCCUUCACUCCUUCACUCGGGUUGAUUGGUUUACAUUCUCACUCUCUCUUCUGAUUGGCUGCAGCUCCUGCCAAUCAUCAUGCAGCCUAAGCUCAGGAUUAUCAGAGUAUACAGUGUUUUUUCUGCCCUCAAUAACCAUGUUUUUUUUUUUCCAUUUUAACAAAAAACUAUGUAUUGUAGUUUUAAAAUUUAAAGUUUGAAGAAAGUUGGGAAUUUUUCAGACACUCGUUUCCAGACCUGAAAAAGUGUGGAAAUUCAGAAAAAGUGCUGGGAAAAGUUCUGUUGUUCAAGUAAGUCUCAAGACACUGAAGUUCUGAAUCUGUGGUCUUUAGAUGGUCUCUUAAGUUCAUGUUCAUGAUACAGUUAAUGACACACUAGGAAAUGUUCAGAAAGUUUCAAAAGUCUUGAAAAGGGCUUGGAUUUUUUUUUAAGAGGAAAGGGCAGAAGCCCUGUUAAUUUAGUAUACAAUCAUUAUGUAUUGCGUCUCUCUCUCUUUCCCUUGCUCUCUUUCUCACUCUCUCUCUCUCUCUCUCUCUCUCUCACACACACACACACACACACACAUAUACAUACAUACAACUGGCUAUUUUUUAUGUCCAUGACACAAAGUACAAUUUGAUCAAAAUAUGCAUGGAUAUCAGACAACGUGGUGACGUCCGGUAAAAUAAAUAAAUAAUAAAAUAAAAUAAAUAAAUAAAUAAAUUUCUAGGUGUCUAGGUGACCUUACUGCUAUUGGACCACACUUUGUUUUUGAAGUCCUGUUUACUAUAAAGUCUUAAAAAGAAAUUUUUAAUUUCUUAAUUUUAGAUUUUUAAUAUAAUACCCUGCAAGAACUCUCUAGAGCUCCACAGUAAGCUUGAGUCUGUUCUAAUACCACAGAAUUCUCACAGAAAUAGUGAAAUAAUUAUAAUUAUACAUCCACGUCAUGUUGUAUUUACAGUAAUGAGUUUUCAGCUGUUGAAGUAAAAACCAUUGAGCUCGUAAUUACUGGCUGGAAACUCGUAAUUUUCCGAAAGCUCUAAUUUGACAGAGCGUAACGUCAAUACGUUCUAAACAACUUGACCAACAAAAAAAAUGGCAGCAGCUUCUAGAGUUAGACAUUAGCUAGUUAUUAGUGUAACAUUAAAUCAGGAGUUUAACUUGAAUUAACUAUACAUAUAUAACAGAAUUCGAUUUUUAUAAUUAGUCAUAUUCAAUAAAGUGUACUCUAAUUACUCAGUUUAGCUUGUAGCAUUUACCUUUCUAUCUUACACCAGUGAAGGACAUCACACACAUCCAAAACCACGCCCUGUUCACGUUUUUUGGAGUUUUGCAGUCAUUUUGAAGUCUGAGUGUAUGCUCAUGAUAUCCCACAAUGCACUACAAUAGGAUCGUGUCCAAAUGAUGUACUCUAGAGGAUGCAAAAUACCCAUAAUCCAUCUUGAUUAUUUAUAUUAUCAAGGCCAUUGAUGUAUCUAUUGUGACGUUGUAUGUAUCACCGUACAAACAAGUCAUUUUCACGUCCCUAUUCACUGCAUAGUGCACUAUUUAGUAGCCACGUCCCACAAUGCACUGCUUAAAGGUUCAGGGCCAAGUGACCUACCCUAGAGAGUACAGAAUACCCAUAAUGCACUUUGACAUUUGUAGAGUUUGACUUGUGGCCUCAUUAUUAUCUAUAUGUGAAGUGAACAUGCUAGUAAAUUAUAUUUGUCUAGUAUUGAUAUUAUUUGAAAAUAAUGUUUAAAGAAUUACUACAUAAUAAUUACUACAAAUUGUUUGUACAUUUAUUAGAAUUACACAACAGGGAAAUUUGUAUGUGGAGGAUUAAUGAUGUCGCAAGAAACAAGCAAAGCACAGGUGCAUGACCUAAUCUUGACUGAGUGAAGCAGAAUAAUCACUUUAACUGGUUGUAAACAUUAUUAUUGUUAUUAUUAUUAUUAUUAUUAUUAUUAUUUAUUGGACUGUAGAAAACUCCACAGAGGCUGCUGUAUAACACUGUCUAACAUCACCUCCAUGUGUUCACAGAAAGCCAUUACAGGAUGCAUCUUUUUGCUUAUUCCUUAGCAAGGUGUUUUUAUGUCGAACCCCUGAACUGCAAGUUCUGAAAAAACGCUGCCGUCAUUAUUUCAACUUAAUAUCUCUUAACAUCUUCAUAAUCAAAAUAAUGAUAUAUGAAGUCGAAAUAAUGAAAUUCAAUGAUUCUUUUCCCACUCGCAGGGCUUUUGACGACUGUGCUGCUAUUAAAGCUACACACGCAGGAGUCAGAAUUAGGGCUGAGUGAAUAUAUACUGUAAAAAUAUAUCACGAUAUUGUAUCACGAAUAGUUUUACGGUAUUUGCUAACAACGAGCCAAGUAGCUGAGCCAGUAGUGCAGCUGCAGAUCACAGGUUUAGAGUAAUGCGCUCAUUCUAAUAUGUCAUGGUUUCUACUGUAACAGAAGACGCAGACGCGUAAUUGUUGAUGUGGUGAAGUUUGCUGUAAGGAGAUGUUUUUAUAACACUUCUGGAAGGAGUCUCCAGUGUCAGCGCUUUGUAACAGUCAGCGUUAAAAGCUGUAACUUAAAGUUUUCCGACAUCUUCAGGACAGAGGAGUUUACGCCUUGCAGUUUCUGGGUAACAUGACAAGCUGCGUUAUUUUGUCACAAUAACUUCAAGAGAGAAAAAAGAAAGGCUCGUGAGGGAAUGUCUGUUUAUAGCUGCUAUAACGUAAAUUUAUAUUUAUAGCAGCUAAAACGUAACGUAAAACUUGUAACAUGGACAUGCCACAACAUUAAAUGUAACUAUAAAUGAAUAAAAUGUACCACGUCAUUGUUUGAUUAAAAAAAUUUAAUUGUUGGCAAACUGCUGUGGUAAAAGGGGAAUAAAACACUUGGGGAGGUGUGGAUGAUGAAAUGUGUGUUACGUUACUUAAAGGAGCAGUUUGUGUAGUUUUUGUAAGUUUUAUAGCCCCACCCACCACCACACUGAAACUGUGUGUGACUUGUAUGUUGCCUUUUAUGGGAAAAGGGGGCGGGACUAGGCAGCUCUUGUCAGAGGCAGAAAAAGAAACUUGUAAAAUCCGUUUACAUUUUUUUUUUUGAGGUAUCUUUAAAAUGAUAUCAUUUCCACAGGUCUGGAAACACUACGAAAUUUCGAACUGCACCUUUUGAACCGCAGGACAUUGCAUGUACUAUAGUAAAUAAUUCUGUGCCUUGGUUAAUAUUUAGUGCCAUAUCAAGCUGAAAUAUUUACACAUGGAAAGCUAAAACCUGCCAACGCACACAGCAACGUGAUGAGAAACCUUUUGGUCAUGUCAGAGGAAAUAUUUUUUAUGGAAGCCCUGAACCACAGACUGUGAUGAUUCAAGAUGUCAUUGUUUCAACAUAAUAUUUUGUUAUUUUCACUUCAUAACUCAUUAUUUCAAGAAAUUGUGUCAUUAAUUAAAUCGCUAUUUUGAAUUAUUUCAACUCCAUAUUCAACACCCCACAAUCUAUCAAUAAGAACAGCUUAUAAUUCUUAUUCAGUAUGCAGUUUCUCAGAGAGUGAGUAAGCCAGGUGUCGAUUUAGAUUACUUUAAGUAUUCUUAAUUCAGUUAACUGUGUUCAGUAUACUACUAAGUAUAAAACUAAAUAAGAGUUUAAGCUGAAUUAAGAUAUUGGAGCUAUUAGGAGGAGUUAUUAAUUUGAAAUAAAGAGAUUAAGUCUUAUUCAUGAUAUAAUAUCUGGUAAUAAGGAGUUAUUAAGUUGAAAUAAUGAGAUAUUAAGUCAUAACAGGAUGUAGUUGAAUGGAAUAUGGAAUAAUUAUCUAAUAGUCUUUAGUACUGGAUGAUGUUUUUAUGCUUCACUGAUUUUUGUCGGUGCUUUGGCUAUAAAGUUACCGUCCAAACCAAAACCCCAAGUCCACACACAAACACAAGGCUAAAAUCGACAGGCUAAAAUCAGUGUUGCAGCUUUAAUAUUGAGUUCUGCUGAACUGUUAGUACCGUGUUGGUGUUGUUUCUGUGGAUUGUUAUUUGCUGUAUGUACCGUCUCAGUACUGUCACUUCUCCUACAUGUUACUCAUUAAUCCUGUGCUGCUGCUUCUUAUCACGUGUUAAAAGGAAUACGUCAGGGUUUCUCAAGCUUAUCUCUAUCCACUGUAUCCGUAGAGUGUGUGUGUGUGUGUGUGUGUGAUUACCAAUGAGGAGAAUUUCAUCGACUGAGAAAGAAAAGAAAUCCUAACUCACUUAAAAUGAACAUAUAUGCAGCCAUUGAAUUCUGUCAAAAAAUGUUUAGUGAAACGUAUUUUUGUAGAAUAUUGUUAUGAAUUCUUCAACCAGAUGUGUUUGUUAAAGAAAUCUGUUUAGUCUAAAUCUGUUUAGUCAGAGAUGGGUUGUUUUCAGAGCAAAGAAUUUGUGGUUAUGUUAUCAGUGUAGCUGUCUGGCUCUGAUGGAGGCAGGAACCUUCGGAUACGUGUAACGUAAGGCUGCUUUCACACUUGAUUUUUUUUUUCCCCUUAACUGCUGCCACACAUUUUACUUUUUUUUUUUGGUCACAGCUUUUCAGUAAACACUUUUUAACUCCUGACCAAUCAGGUCGCAAGUUGGGGGGUAAGUGAGAUAAACAAACAUAGAGGACAAUAUGUCAGUGGAAAAGAAAAACUGUCUUGCUAGUGAGCGAAUAGGAGAUUUAUGACAUGUUGAAUGGAAAACAUUUCAGUGUAACUAAAAAUAACUGUGUGUAUGUUUGGGAUGUUCACCGGUAUGUGAUGUUACAUUUCCACUUUAACUGUCGCUGCAUACGGUAAAGUUACACAAGCAGCACAAAUUCUCUUGAUUCUCAAAUUCUGCCUCCAAAGCUACAAUGAAGUCAAACGACCUCCUCAUCACCAGAGUUACACCAGUAUUUAUUUCAUCUGCAUUACUGAGAUUAAUAAAGCACAAGCUAGGCUAGUUAGUUAGCUGGUGCUAGCUAGGAAUGGUAAGAGCGUUGUUAUGGUUACAAUGCGCACGUGCCCUUGAAGUAAACAGCUUUUCUGGUUUUCCUCAGUGCAGGGAAACAUGUUGAUAUUCCCAUCAGUGGUAAUCACACACACAUGCUACAGAUUUGGGGGAUAGAGAUUAAGAAAAAAAAACCUGCUGGAGUAUU